ACGUGACGGUUUAGCUUUUCAUUUUGGAUAUUUCGUCUGGUGUCCCGCUUAAGUCCAAAUCAUCGCCCACGCCGACUAGAGCCACGUAGCCGCCCCGCUAUUUGAGCCCCCCUUUAACUAUGUCAACAUGCGUGGAAGGCCACCUGAUUUGCGAAAUACCAUAUUAAAAAUCAAUAGAAUGCGUUUGCCUUUUAGUUGAAUGACUUACUACUAUUUCAGGGUAUUCGGAAAUGCAUUAAAUAUGCACAGGUGGCAUAAAGUUAAAUGGCUUGGAGCGGUCAACAUUUUAAUCAGCUUUUCAAAAGCAUGACCAAAUUGAAUCACACCAUGCUUUCAGAAAUAUAUCAUGUAAAAUACAUAUUGAAAGAGGAUUUACCUAUGUCAGGGUGCCUUACCUUGUAAGUGAAGGCACCCAUUUUACUAAAAAAAAAAAAAAAAAAAAAAUCUCACAGCACACUACGGACCCAAAAGGUACAAAUAUCGAAAUAUUGAUGACCUUUUCUCAAUUGAUUCACAAAAUAACUUGUAGCUGUCGUGUUUUAUUCAACACAAAGCUAAUAUUGGUGCUGGAAGCCAUGCAAUAUACUUUAAAGGACAUUGGGCUAUUUUACCUUCCCCCAUCCAUUCAUUUACCGUACCUGCUUGCCCUAUUAUUACAUAGUACUUAAUUGUUCUGGCUACCACUACAGAUUUCUGAUGGUUAUAGAUGAUCAAAGAUAUAUUUGUGGUAACUGAUAAAUCAUGAUUUUCAGACAACUGAAUUACCGUUAUCUAACUUCCCAUGUACGCCUGUGGAUCCCUCACUUGGGAAAUUCUCUCAUGGCGCCAGUGGGUCGAUGGCAAAAAGGCAAAGACCUGACAUGGUACGCUAAAGACAAAAGUGGCCGCACCCGCACCAAAGAGGAGGAGCUCGCCGCUGUCAAGGCUGCCGAACACGAUGCAUUGAUGGCUGCCUUAGGGCACAAAGUUAUAAAGAGACAACCCACUGGACUGACCAAAGAGGACUUGGCAGAUAUUUGUAGAAGAGAAGAAGACGACGGUGAAGAAAGGAAUGUGGAUCGGCUCUCGGGAUUGGGAAGCUCCAGCGCCGGCUCACGAAAAGCAGUUCUCUCCCAGAAGGAGAAGGAGGCUGUGAAAAUGGGCCUGCCAGUUUUUACUCACCAUAAGACUGCGAAUCGUCCGGAAACCUCGACAGCAAAGUCAACAGAGAUUCCAGAAAAAGAGGAGCUAAAGCAACGUGAGGAGAGCAAAAAGAAAAAGAAAGAAAAGAAGAGCAAGAAGGAGAAAAAGAAGAAGAAGAAAAAGAAGAGGCAGCGAAGCGAAUCAUCCUCUUCAGAUUCGGAAGACGAUAGAAAGAGGCCCCGAAAGGACCACCACCAUCCUAAUCCAUCAUCCCACAGUCAGAGCGGAGCCAGACCCCAUGACAGCCAUUCAAGCGGGGGACCAAAGGCACAGCGGCAGCCCCCCCGCCCCCACCACGGACAGCAGCGCCACGACACGGACUCCUCCGACGGGGGGUCCUCUGUCCCCCGUAACCCUUCGGGCCACAAGACGGCCUCUGGCGUUGCCGCACAAAGCCGCAGGCGACGCCACGACACCGACUCGGACAGCUAAUGUCCCCCCCGCCCCCGCCCUGCCCCACCCACUCGCUCACUCAUAAAGACCUCAUUUACUUCAUGGAGGCUUUGAGGGGGAAUUUUGUCUUGCUAGUCUUUUAUUUUUUUUUUUGAAAUCCACAAACCCAAUGAAUAAACCUCCUAAAUAACGUAA